UAAGCACCUCAAGCAGCACCUGCUCAUCAGCAGCAAUGCUGCCACAUUGCUCAGCGAUGGGCAGUCCUUCUGAAGCACCAUGAGGAGAUACUGCGGGCAACAGAAACAGUGGACCUGCUGGAGAACCAUCAUUUUGAUGCUACUUUCAUGUCUAUUUUCUCUUUUCAACCUAUUUACCCUUUAUUUUACAAAAAUCUGCUUAUUCCAGGGAGGCAUCAAAAUUAUAACAGCCUCAUGGAAGUAUGAAUUCCACACACCUCAGCAGUCCUAACAGCAGCUUUCCUCACCCACCAACAUGCUUUGAUGCCCAGUGAAAUAAACCCAGGUCCUAAACCCAAGCAGCAGCCCCAAUAGCAAUGGCAUCCAUCAGCAGCACCAGGCUUCUGACGCGCCCCACAAAAGCGGCCUUUCUUUGCAAAGGAGCAAUAGACAAACACCUCACACAAGAAAAUAACCAGCAAGAAAGCCAAGAAGUCCCAAACAGAGAAAUAAGUGAUACACCAGCCCAGCACCUCGCAGCCUGGUCAAACUGUUGCUCCUGUAUGUGCAAAGCUGCAGGAAGCAUCACCCAUACCCACGUGUAGGUGGUCAUCUGGAGGCAGCAGCAAGGACCCUCUUCGCUGAAGCAUGCAAGGGGUUUUUUGGCAGGGCGGAAGCCCCUGUGGUUAGAGAAGGAAACCACAAGAUGUUCACAAAAAAAUAUUUUAAAAAAGCAUACCCCUGGGGCAUGGGGCUUUAUUGGUGGGUUUCAGAUCACAGACCACCUGCCUUGCACAAAGCACCUUCUGCAGAGCAAUUGCAAAGAAGAAUUGCAACGAGAGCGACUGAGCACCUGAAGAACUCAGCUGCGUGUUGGUAGUGCAUGUGCUUGGAGAUGGAAAAUAUGCAUGGAUGUAAGCCAUGGGACACCCAUGUCUUGCUUGCUGGGCGAUGAAGUAGGGUGUGCUCUGCCAUCCACACGAGACCCCUCGAGUGCGCACAGGCAAAGGCAGCAGAAUCCCUGCCAACAAACACAACCUGGGGCCCACAGCCAAGGCAUGGGGCUUGUCCAUGACUUCUGCAGAGUGGGAGCUGCUCUGAAGCCCGCGACGGCUGGGAGACAGCGGGCUGCGGUGGCUGAUCCUACCUCAGGCACGAGCAUCAUCAGUCUGAACCUCUACAGAAGUCAUCAAGACAAAAUUCUUGAAUCACCAUGAAGAACCAGGAACAAUAAAUGAGCCCAAAUUCUGGGUUAGAACUGAAAUUCUUCAGAAAUCUUUUUGUUUUCCCUUCCUUUUAUCACAGAUGCUGAACCACCUCUCUUUACCCAAGAGGGUCCCGAUGACAUCACAUCCUCUCCAAAGAGCGACGCAGCCUCCUAAGUCAAGCGAGAUCAUCUCUGCUCCGCUGCACGCACCCACCCCAAGGACAACCACCCCUAGGAGAAGAUGGCCGGCUCUCCUGCACUGCUCCUUCUCCUCGCUCUGGGGCUCUGCUGCCCUGGCAUCUGGGGCCAGAGGUACAAGAUGACGCCCCAGCGGGGCCAGCGGCUGGAGCUGCAGUGCCAUUCCGACAAGGAGGACAGCGGCGUAUCCUGGGUCCGCCAGGACAAGGAUGGGACCCUUCACUUCAUCGUCUUCAUUUCCUCCCUGGGCCGGACCACCUUUGAGCGGAAUGAGGGGACAGCCACACGCUUUGAGGCAAGAAAAGACAACAGCUUCUACCGGCUGGUAGUGAAGUCUUUCAUGACACAGGAUGAGGGGAACUAUUUCUGCCUCAUGAACAGCAACCAAAUGCUGUACUUCAGCCCUGGCCAGCCUGCCUUCUUCCCAGGUCAGCAACACCUCUACUCAACCUUGCUUAGCUCUGCCAAAAUGCCCAGCACCCGCUCCCCAUGCCUUUUUACCAGCGAUGAGAAAUACCUGAACUCCAUUUGCGGCACCUUCAUCUGGGUUCUCUUGGCAGGGGCCUGCAUCCUGCUCCUCAUGGCCCUGGUGGUCACCAUCGUGCUGUGGAAACGUAAGUCUCACCUGUAACCCCAUGUAGAUACUACUCUAGCCCAAAACCGCAGCCCUGUCCUUUAGGGGAAGGGAUCUUCUAGCUGUCCCUUUAAGUAGGCAUCAGACAGCCAGGGCACCAUCAACCCAAGAGAAGGACCGCUGUUAAAGAAACAUCAGCGUCCCCAUUUUCCUCCUCAGUAGGCUUAGCCCAAGAAAUCAUUAUGAGUUUCUACACUACAAGGAAUAAAAAUAGAUUAGAAAUAGAAAAAACUUUCUCUACCAGUCCAUAUUGCCUCUGCCGGCCCUACAUUGGUGGAUCAGGGGGUAAACGUACCAGAACCUGAAACACUUUGACAAAACGGGAUAAAUGGGCUCCAGCACGGGGCUUGCAAAUUCAAAUGCCACGACCCCCAUCAGCAGCUUGAGCUGUCACCAAACAAGCAGCUUCAUUGCACGGGUUCAGAGGCUGCUAUGGUUAAAGCAGCAAUGCAAAAUCCCUUGGGUGAAAUUGCAUCUUUGAGAUGUCUUUAAAUUACCCCGAGCAAGCAGCGAGUGCAGAUGCAUUUAAAUCAAUUUGCCGCUCCCUGAAAUCAGUUUAAC